AUGUCUGCUCCCGCCUCUGAAUCCGCGCUCACCGCUGCCGCCGCCUCCACCAAGCCCGCCCGUGCCGGGGUCCCGCUCAUACCACACAACAACAAGAUGUUCCACGGCAAAUGCUGGACCACGGCUGAGCAGCCCGAUACCCCGGAGAAUUUGGAACAUGUGCUCUUCUGGGCCAAGGAGGAGUACACCCGCGACGACAGCGGGUACCGCCUCACUCUCUGGACGGACGCGGGCAUCCAUCAGACCAACGAGGCCAGCGAGCAGGAGGGCGGCGGCCCCGAGGGGACUAACUGUGCCUCAGCAGUGGUCUACCGCCGCCAGCUUACCGACGAAGACUGGGAGUGGGCCGAGGACACGCUCUGCCACGAGGGAACUGUCACCAUUCGUUUCGGUGAGCUGAGCGCCGUCCUCCUCGCGCUGCGCAAGGCGCUACAGAUCGUGAGCUUUCCCGCCGGCGCACAUAUCACCCACGUCGCCAUCUACAGCGACAAUCUCCGCGUCGUGCAGUGGAUCCGCGACUAUAGAAAAGGAGCGAGGCACUACAAGAGAUGGCCCGGUUAUUUCCGUGCCGAGGUCGCUGAGGUCGUGAACCUCACCAACAGCAUGCGCCGCAUCGGCGUUCAAGUGGAGCUUGCGUGGAUCCCCGGACACGCAAAUAUUGAGGGGAAUGUCCUGGCUGACCAUGUCGCGAGACGUGCCGCGGGAACGCUGCCAACAUGGCCCAGGACUCCUGCGGGCUGGGACAGGCUCUUUGAGAACGGCCUUGAGGAGUUUGGGCGGCGCUGGAAGGAUAUAAAGGAGCGCAGGUGGGCCAAGCGUGCCUUAGCUGGUAGGCGCUGCGGGAACUUCACAGCGGUUGAUACUGCUGAGAUGCUAAGAUGA